AUGGCUAGAUGCAACACUUUGAGCGACAGACGAGCCAUUUUUUUCACUCUCUUUGAGGAUCGUAUCAGACGUGAAUUUCAAACUCAGUCCGCGGAUACAAUGUCGACGAUUGUCACUGCCGUUUCGCACAUUCUGCUACCAAUCCCAGAGAGGCCUUCGAUUCUUCUCUGCCUCGUGUCUUCCGAUGCGAAGGAGACUGGGACGAGAAUCGUAAGAGCAAUUGCUUCAGCCGUGAUGUCGGCUUUCCAAAAGCCAAGCUACAACGUCGACAAAGUGACGCUAAAUUGUUCAAACUAUGCCAGCACCGACGAAUUUUGGAAAUUUUAUGAGGAUAUGAGCGAGCGCAUGAGGCGAGAUAAGGUCGUCGUGCUUGAGAAUUUCGGAAAAAUCAAUGCCCAAGUAGCAACCGCUCUUUGCCACCUAGCCGAUGACACUUACGCUCCUUUUCCACAGUCCAUCAUAAUCGUCUGUUUGGAUAUCGGCAAUCGAUUCGAUUCCAGCAACUUGAAACGACAGGCGCCUGUUACCUUGGCUGAAACUUUCUUGGAAGAAAAGUGGGAGUACUUCCUCGAUAGGACAGCUUUGACGGAGCUUCUUGGGCGUCUGACUGGCAGAGCCGUUUUAAUCGAACGAGAAAUACCGCUGCGUAGGCGGCCGGGUUCUUUGCCUUCGAUCACAGGGUAUUUGGGACCACCACCGAAGCUGCGAAAGCGUCGACAAAUUGCGAGAAGUGAGAUGCAUAUCUGACGAGGGGGAGAAAAUUGCGCAACGGUCACAAAAAUUGU